AUGAUCAAUCACUACAACCUCAAGAACUACAAACUAAAAAGAUUUAUAAUUCUUUCUUCAAGAAUGGAAUUUUCACUCAUCUCGGAUGUCGUCCCGCUCGUAUGCGUCCUUGUAGCCAUCGCUCUCACCGCAAGGAUAUUGAAAUCCUUUUCGGCAGCAGUGACCAUAUUGCUGCCGCCAGGGACCACAGGGUGGCCGAUAUUCGGUGAGAGUAUGGAUUAUCUUAGGAAAGGAUGGGAAGGAAAACCGGAAAAAUUUAUCCAAGAAAGGAUGGCCAAAUACUCGCCUCAAGCAUUCAAGACGUCCCUUUUCGGGGCACAAACAAUCGUGCUUUGUGGCGGAGCGGGGAACAAGUUUAUGUUCUCUAAUGAGAAUAAGCUUGUCACUUCUUGGUGGCCAGCCUCUAUUGACAAGGUAUUUCCAUCGUCAACUCAAACAUCUUCCAACGAGGAAAUGAAGAAAAUGAGGAAGCUCCUUCCACAUGUACUUCGAGCUGAAGCCCUACACCGAUACAUCGGUGUAAUGGACUCAAUUGCUCGUCGCCACCUCGACUCUGAUUGGGCGAAUCGCGACGAGGUCAACGUGUUUGCCAUGUCGAAAAUGUACACCUUUUGGCUCGCAUGUCGGCUCUUCAUGAGUGUUGAGGACCCCGAUCAAGUUGCCAAGUUCUCCGUGCCCUUUGAGCUUCUCGCGGUUGGCAUCUUUUCUGUCCCUAUUGACCUCCCCGGGACUCCUUUCAACAAGGCUAUCAAGGCUUCUAACCAAAUUAGGAGGGAUCUUAGGGCGAUCAUUAAGCAAAGGAAGAUCGACUUAGAGGACAACAAGGCUUCGCCUACUCAAGAUGUAUUAUCACACAUGUUGUUGACUCCCGAUGACGAAGGAAAGUUCAUGCACGAGAUGGACGUCGCAGACAAGAUCCUCGGUCUACUUGUCGGAGGGCACGACACGGCCAGUAUUACUAUAACAUUCAUCGUUAAGUACUUGGCCGAGUUACCAGAAGUCUAUGAGCAAGUUUUCAAAGAACAAAUGGAGAUAGCUAAAUCGAAGGCUCCGGGAGAGCUCUUGAAUUGGGAGGACAUGCAAAAGAUGAAGUAUUCGUGGAACGUGGCAUGCGAGGUUCUAAGACUCCACCCUCCACUUCAAGGUGCUUUCCGCCAAGCCAUCACUGAUUUCACAUACGCCGGUUUCUCCAUUCCCAAGGGAUGGAAGUUGUAUUGGAGUGCCCACUCGACUCAUAUGAAUCCCGAGUGUUUUCCAAAGCCAUAUGAGUUCAAUCCAAUGAGAUACGAAGGAAGGGGACCCGCGCCCUACACUUACAUCCCAUUCGGAGGGGGACCUCGUAUGUGCCCGGGUAAAGAGUAUGCGAGGCUCGAAAUUCUUGCUUUCAUGCACAACUUAGUUACCCGGUUCAAAUGGGAGAAAGUUAUCCCAAAUGACAAGGUCAUUGUCAAUCCUAUGCCUGUCCCCGAAGAAGGCCUCCCAAUUCGUCUUUAUUCUCUUAGCGUGAUGAAUUAA